ACCUAGUCUACAUUUGAAUGUUACGGGUCUGCCUCGAUGCAUACAAUACCUGCGAAACAAACAAACCAGCGGUUCCUGAAGAUGCCACGUUUACCGCGGAUCCGAAUUCAUAAAUCGAUCGAUUUGUAGGAUAGAGUCAUGAAUUACCCUAAGGGAUUCACGGUCAAUUCAACGCGUUUCACUAGCGAGCAUCAAAUGGCAUCUGUCACACAACAGCGCACGUCAUACAGGUAAAAUAAAUAGUAGGAAGCCAGUCGUAAAGCAAACUCUGUUAUACACCGUGAAUAAUUUAUUUUAGUGGAAAAUUGGACACUGAGAGUGACCGGCAGUAUUACGUUGACUUGACCAGUUGGUCUAAAUUAUCUUGCAUUUAAUAAUUAAUAAUACGUUUUAUUUAUAGGCUUUAGUGUCUUCUUCAUGUCACAGAAAGCAAGAAAAUCAGGAAAAGAGGAUGUGCCACCCUGUUAAAGAUGUGUGGUUCUUGUUGCCAUAGUGAUCUUGAAACAAUUCUAUUGUUACAUCCCCAUAGGUCAUGCAUUGGGGGAAAAAUGCUGUGAACACUCUGAACCUUAGCCUACUGCGUCUGGACAAUAUUAUUUUUGAGCCUCUCCUUCAUCCAUGGUCGGUCAUAAGCAAUGCUCCAGAGAAGAUGGGACAAGCUUUGUGUAUAUGCUUGCGCAGUGCCAUCACAAUUGACAACAAGAGAUACUACUUCAUCCAGAAACUAGAAGAAGGAGGUUUCAGCUAUGUGGAUCUGGUAGAAGGUGCACAUGAUGGCCGCUUCUACGCUCUAAAGCGAAUCCUUUGCCAUGACCGUGAGGGCCGCAAAGAGGCUCAGACCGAGGUGGAGAUGCACCGCCUUUUCAACCAUCCCAACAUCCUCAGCCUGACCGCACACACCUUUAUGGAGCGCGGCGGAAAGUGUGAGGCCUGGCUGUUGCUCCCGUACAUCAGUAUGGGAAGUCUGUGGUCCGUUCUUGAGAAGCUGCGGGAUAAGGGAAGCUCUAUGCCAGAGAGCCGCAUACUACACAUUCUGCAUGGCAUCAGUGAAGGCCUCAAAGCAAUACAUGACAAAGGCUAUGCACACAGGGACUUGAAACCCACCAACGUUUUACUGGAUGAGAACGAUCGCCCUUUGUUAAUGGACUUGGGCUCCAUGAACAAGGCCAGGAUUGAAGUUCGGGGGUCGCGGGAGGCCAUGACAGUCCAGGAUUGGGCCGCUCAGAGGUGCACCAUCUCGUACAGAGCACCAGAGCUCUUUAAUGUGGAGAGUCACUGUAUCAUUGAUGAGAGAACAGAUAUUUGGUCUCUAGGUUGUGUGUUGUACUGUAUGAUGAUGCUGGAGGGACCAUAUGACUUGAUAUUUCAGAAGGGUGACAGCGUGGCUCUCGCCGUCCAAAAUCCAGUCUCCAUUCCACAGCCGUGCAGGUGAGCUCAGGAUCUU